AUGGGUGUCAGCAGCGCGACAAAUGCUGCUAUCAUCUUCUCGAUUGUGUCGUUGAUAUUUUGUUUGGCUACCGUUUAUAAUAUUUCAUCACAGGUGACUGAUAUAUGGAGCGAAUUUGAUGCAGAGAUGAACUCUUUGAAGCAUGAACACAUCAACUUUCAUUACGCACAACAAAUUCAGAUCAUAACGGAUGACCUGUGGAUGGAUAUGCUACAUCUCGGCGCUGGCACAACAUCGAAUCGCGAUCGUCGACAGACGUACAGUGCGUAUGCAGCAACUGGUGUUAAUAAAGAAAAACAGAAUGACAGAGUGAAAUCGACCUGCAACUGUAAACAAGAGAAUAAAUGUCCGCAAGGACCAGCUGGUCCAUCAGGUGAACGAGGUGAGGACGGAGAAGAUGCGUUGCCAGGAAAGGAUGGUACAGACGGUACAGAUGCGUUAAUGAUUGAGCAACGUGAGAUGCCUUUGCGUUGUCACUACUGCCCAACCGGUCCACCAGGACCACCUGGAGCCACUGGAAGAGGCGGUUUGCGAGGAAUGCGAGGACCAAAGGGUGUACCAGGAAUGCCUGGUAGGGACGGUAUGCCUGGUAUGCCAGGCGAUAUAGGAUUACCUGGACCAGCAGGUGAUAAUGGCGAGUCAGGCACGAUUGGUGAAAAGGGUCUUGACUGUAAUAGUUUCGUCUCGUCGAAGGGUGUUCGUGGGCCAGCAGGCGAUGCAGGCCUGCCUGGACCUCCUGGAGACAACGGAGCAAAUGCCUCAAGGGGUCCGCGUGGAGCCGUAGGUGAACAGGGUCUUGAAGGCUUCAUGGGUACUAUGGGUAUGGAUGGAGAAGAAGGAGCGAUGGGACGUCCCGGCAGAACAGGAGAUGACGCUGAGUACUGCCCAUGUCCGCCAAGGGAUUCACGUGGUACUCGCGCAUUCCGAGUGAUAUAG